UGAGGGUGGCUGGCUGGCUGGGUGACAGGGCUGCGGAGCGAGGGGCCUGGGUAGCAGCGCAGUAGGUCCCGUCCCGGGUCCCUGCCCGCCUAGGCUGUGCCCUGCCGCGCUGGGAGCUGCGCCCCACAGGCCCCGAACCCCCACUGCUGGCGUCCUCGGCGGUGUAAGCCCCGAGCUGGAUUGUAAAGCCGGAGGGUCCUCCUAUAACCCGGCAGGAGGCACCUGGAUGGUAACCUGGACCACCCACAGUGUUGCUAGCUCUUCUGAUUUUCGGUGGGAGUCUUGCAAUAACUGGAGUUAAGGGUUCUUAAAGCCCCAGCUCCUGGAGUCCUGCGACUAGCACCAUGUCCCAAAAGCAGCGGGAUCUGCUGGAACUGGGGCGGCUUGAAUACUUACAAGCGCUGGUCACCGAGUUCCAGGUAACAGAGAGUCCAGAAGCCAAGGAGCAAGUAUUGGCUAAUCUAGCCAACUUCGCCUACGAUCCCAAGAACUAUGAAUAUCUCCGACAGCUUCAAGUCCUUGACCUGUUCCUGGAUAUGCUCACAGAGGACAAUGAGAUCCUUGUGGAGUUUGCAAUUGGUGGUCUUUGUAAUCUCUGUCUGGAUAAAACAAACAAGGACUAUAUUUUGGAGGCAGAUGGGGUGGCACCUGUAAUAAACUGCUUAUCCAGCUCAAAUGAGGAGACCGUGAUGUCGGCAGUCACUACUCUGAUGUACUUGACCACACCACAGUCUCGCCAACAGACCACAGCGUUCGCGGUGGUGGAGUGCAUGUUACGUUUCUCCCUCUCAGCUAACAGGAGGCUAAGCAACCUAGCAAGGGUCUUCCUUGAGGAUUAUUGCUCUCCUGUGCAGGUGGAGGAGGCCAGGAACCUGAGCAAACAUACAGCUGUAGGGAUCCCGCUCCCAAAGGACUGAUGUUAUGCAGGGCAGAUGGAGUAGUUUAAGAUUAUUAUUGAAUGAGAAGAAAUAGUCUUGACUCUAUCUUUAGAGCCCCCUCCACCUGCAGGAUAGGUCAAGAGGCUGGUGAAACUAGUGAAAGACAUUCCUAACAUUCUGCCUCAGUUUGAAAGGGGCAGAUGGGGAGCCGGGCCAUGGGUCCAGAAGACAGGAUUAGCAGCUAAACUGCUACAAAACAAAUUAUGGCUGUUAGAAAGCAGGACAAGCGACUCCUGAACCAUCAUCCAAAUAACCAUUUCUGAUGUUACCAUUUCCAGUGUGGUUGUCAGGUAAUGUAAACCCAACACAAUUCUUUUGCAUCACCAUCACCCUAGCUGCAGCUAUUGCUGCCCAUCUUCUCAAUUAUAGCUUUGAAAUAUGUUUAAAUCAUAUGUUCUUUAUUUCUCAGUAGGAGAGAACGCACCUUCUUCCCCCUACAAUUUGCAGUCUGAUCACAUACCUCAGGACUAAGUAUGAGCCAGCAUCCUCAUACCACGGGCACCUGGCCAGUUAAUUAGCUCCACUGAUGUUAAAUAUCAAUAGGAAUAAUGUAUUCACCACAACAUAGCUGGUGGGAAAGAUGCAGAUUAAGAUUUAAAAGGGAAUACUAACAGCAGACUGCAGCUCAGAAGGAUAACCAGUCUUGUAGUAGCUUUUGUAAAACUUACUCUGAAUAAAACAUUAAGUGUAGACAGUUCUGGAUCAGACAUUCACUGAGUACAGCAUUUGCAACCCAAACCUUAGCAGCUCACAUUAAUGCAGGAGAACCAGGAAGUGAAACUAUCUACUUUCAUUAUGAGCCAAGCAGGGGAAAAAGUGGAUGGGUGCUGAACAGCCAAUCUGGUUUAGAAUACGAGAUUGUUAAACUGUUGAAAACAAGAUUUCCUUUCCUAACGUGACUAUGUCCCUCAUACUUACAGUUUCAGUGAGUGGGACAGAGGGCAGAGUGCUUUCAUGGAGUUUUACAGCCCAACUUCCUCUUUCUAAUUUCUUCAUCCUCCCUUCCUGCCAACCCAAAACAUUCUACCGAGCGUUAUAAGCAGCUGCUCAUCUCUUGUCGAGUUUCUCCCUCCAAAUAGUCUAAAGAAGAUGCAAAUCUUAAAAAAUAAGCUUUGUAUCUUUGGCCCUUAAAACUGCCCCUACCCAGGUCAGUGCGCUUCCUUUAAAUGGGAUUUCGUUGCCAGUUCCCAACUUGUCCGUUUCCAUUGGCAAUGAGACUAGCAUAGCAUUCUUUUUCCGCAUUACUUCUGCGUUUGCUUUCCACUAUCCCCCUCCAGUCAUCGGCCCACGACUGCAGCUGCCUACGUGGGGUCUGAAGCUCUAGAUGCUUGUUAUGGCAGCAAGUGAACAAGAUGUGUUCCCAGCUCGGCUCAGGCUCCGCACCUGAGAAGAGCCAGAAUGGAAAGCUGAAGUUAGUCAUUCUUUUCCCCAAACAACAGUAAAUCAUCUGCUGUGAAAUCUCCACCUCAAGUUUCCCAAACCUUUAAUGGUGUCUUUGUCAUCGAACAGGAGGUCAGCUGACACAACUGUUUUAUCCCGGGUCAAAAUCAGUCGCUCCACGAACUUAGGACCCAAGUGUUUUUCCACCCAGCUGUACUGUUGGGGAGGAAGUAGAGCAUUAGAAGAAUUUUACUUAGCAACAAGUUUGACAGUUUAUAACAUAGUGAUCUCAUGCUACAGGCCCAAAUCUCUUCUAGGAGUGUUAUGAACCCUGCAAUUGGGCCGUGGUGCAGGACACUAAAAGGACCAAUGUGAACUGUACUUUCAAUGCCGUUCACUCAUGACUGCACUGGGUACCAUGAAGUUACACUGGUGUAAAGCCGCAUGAGAGGAGAGUCAACCUGUGGCGUAUACCAGACCCUUCAUUAUCUAACCCCAAAGUACUUGAGAAACCCCUCUCUCCCUGCAUUCCUGCCUGACAGUGAUCAUCUCUCAAUUUAGUCAGGAUUUUCUCACAGGAGCCUCUGGCAUGCAGUCCCCUCCCAGUGCAGUGCAUCAGACACCCCUUGGUUGCCUCUGGAGUAUGCAGUGAGUCAAGCCUCCAUCUGCUUGACCAUAUUGCAUCUGUUCUUUUACCCUCCCCCACUCUUCCCAUGCCAUUUCUUGGUACUGUGGGUAUGAGUUGCUGAAAGUUGUUGUUUGUUUGUCUGGUUUGGUUUUUAAGUAUUAUAUUCUGGCUUCCAUUGCAUAAGACUCCAGAUGCCUUGCAAAAGGCAUGACACAGCACUACUUCUGGCCUUUAAUACUUCCUCUCAGUCUGAAAAGGUGCCACUCAGAUGGAGUAUUUUUGCGUGCUGGGUCCUGCAGACUUCACAGGCUGCAGCUUGGCUUUGCACAUAUUGGUAUGAUACUUGGGCACGUACUAACAGUUGAAAGGGGCUGGAUUCUGUCUUAAAACGAGGGGGGAGGGGGGAAGAUCUCCAACCUUCUCCAGGAUGCAGUGCUCAUACUUCAGCAGGGGGCUCGUGCAAAUAAAAACUUCAAUGCUAAAAAGAAACAGCCCUGAUUAGUAGUCAUCAAACAUGGAGAAUAGAAAAGGGCUGUGUACUGCAAAGUGUUCUUACUCUUGCAUAUGGAUCAUUUCCUGCAUGGCUUCAAUGGCUCCUGGAAUUGGCUCCAACCCCAGAAAGAAGCCAGGUGACUCAUAGACACUCGCUACCUUAGCCUGGAAGAGAGAGGAGGAGAAUUAGCAGUAUUUUUUUUUAUUGUAGCUUUCUGCAUAAUAGCUAUUGAAUUUACCCCGGGGGUAUUAUUCACCAUCAAAAGGACCUAUUUUGUCCACAUUUCGGAGACCAAGUGGCUGAGAUAAUUGGUAAUGGGUCACAGUCUCACCCACUGGUUGCCAGGACAAAUCCAGGCCAGGCAGCUACUGCCUGAAAGUUGUUACCAUCUGGUGGCCUGUGUGAAGUGAGUUGUUGGAUCUCAUUCCAGUUCCCAGUAGAUAUAUAUCCACCUCAUUACAAAAACAAACAAACAAACAUGCCAUCAAACGAACACCCCAAAACACCACACCAUGAUAAUUGGCACCCUCAGCAGAGGGGUCAAGGACAGACUGGGACACGGAGACUCAGUUAUCCUCACGCUUUACAGUCGAUCCUGCCAGACCACAACUGAAGCAUACUGGAGGGAGGUUUGCUGUGUUGCUCUCCAUGUUGUUGUAUAUGUGCUCUCUAAGGCCUCAAGCAACAAAAUUAAAAUGUCUAAGAGCAGAUUCUGGCUUCAGUGCGACAGCUUCCCCACGGUGAUAACAUCAGUGCAAAUUCUAUUUUAAAAUGUUUAAGUUAGUGGCAAAAUGACCAAAGCGAGGAAAUUCAAAGCUUAUUUACUCGUAUUUUUGAAAGGCGCCAGAGAUGAUGCCUUCUGCUGAACACAGGCUUGUCACUGACAGUUUGUUUCAUAUACCUGUAGCCAAGGGCCUGAUUUUUAGAGGCUGAAAAGGACCAGGCUGUACAAUGAUGAGUAUGAUUUUUAAUAUAAUGCAGCCUCCUCCUGUGACUUGCUGCUACAAAGACAUUUCAAUAAUACAGGGCAUUUUGUGGUCCUUAAUCCUCAUUGCCCCUGUGAGUAGAAUUUAGCCUGAUUGUUACAGAUAAAGAAAUGGGGGUUAAAAGCACUUGUCUGUGGUCACUGUGAACGGCAGAAUUGGCUCUCAGUCUGGUGAGGUCCUUGUUCCCCAUCUCAUGCUGCCACUCUAAUAAAUAACAGGACUGAC